GUGUGUGAAAAAGUUUUGUAGCUAAAAUGUUGUCCUGUGCGAGGUGUCCGUGACGAGUUGUGAACUUUCAAGUGUUUCGUUGUCGGAUUUUGCGAUCAAAAACGUUGAACGGAUGUGCGUGAUGAUACGAGUUUUCGACUGAACUCAAAGAAUGCCAACGAGCAACGCGAUUACGGGUCGAAAUUAGUGAAAAAUUUCAACCCCUAUCACAAAGAGGGUACACAACAGUAAAACAGUGGUUGCAAAAAAAGGCAACCCCACUAUCUACGCGCUACCCCCUGAAUAGCUUAUGAUUUUAGCCGAUACGUACAUAUGCAAGCUUUUUUAGCCUAGGAGUAAGGAAACCCAAAAAAAAAUCUGUAUCACACUCUACCUACUGUUCUACAUAUAACUACAAAACAAUCUCGAGUCAAGAGAAGAAAAUAAAUACCCCGAGAAAACCAUCAUCAUGGGAAAGGAAUUGCUAAACAACAGCUCGUUCUGCCAGCAGCUGGGCGCCACAUUGGUGCGCAACUUUAAGCUUAAGAUCCGCGAUUCGCGCAAAACCAUUGCGGAAGUGUUCCUCCCCCUCUACACGCUCGGUACGCUGAUCGUACUCAAGAUACUGAUUCCGAAUCCGAACUUUCCUGCUAUCGUGGAGCCACGCGGGGCAGCCUCCCUCUUCGAGCACUUCCGGCACGAUGAAGCACACGUGAUUGCGGUGCUGCCGCAGCCGAACUCCUCGACCACACUGCAAUUCCUCGCCGAAGUCAAUGAACUGUGGAUGUCGAAUCGACAUCACACGGCUGGCAGCCACCCGAUCAAGUGGAUGGUGUACGACACCCAGGAGGAGCUGCUGGCGGCGUACUGGCGCGAUCCGGACAAAAUGCCCCUGGCUCUUAUCUUCCUUUCGGAGGACCCCAUGUAUGGGCAGCUGCGCUACGAAAUUCGUACCAAUCCAUCGUUCUUCGUAACGCCGGCCACAACCGAGCUGUACUCGUCGCUGGUCACAUGUCGCCAGUCGGACAGCUACUGGUCCGCCAUGAUCCCCAUUGAGACGGGCGACUCGUGUCCGGUGAAUCAGUACUAUUAUUCCGGGUUCAUUGCUCUGCAGACGCUGGUCGAUUACACGAAGAUUAAGAUCGUGACUCAAAUCGAUGACCUGCAGAUACCGCACAUCACGCUGGAGAUGUUCCCGAAGGAGGCGUACACCGGGAACUGGAUGGUGGCCUUUCGGUUGGUCAUCCCGAUCUACAUGGUUAUGGCACUAUCGCAGUUCAUCACAUAUCUGUUGAUACUGAUUGUCGGCGAGAAGGAGAAUCACAUCAAGGAGGGCCUCAAAAUUAUGGGUCUCCGUGAUUCGGUGUUCUGGUGCGGUUGGUUCAUAAUCUACGCCGUAUUCGUGACCUUCCUGACGUUGGUCUCCGUAGUGCUACUCUUUUCGCUUGGUGUGUUUCAGCACACCAACUACCUGCCCGUAUUCAUACUGAUUCUGUUGUACAGCUUCUCGGUUAUCUUGAUCGGCUUCAUGAUAACACCGUUCUUCGACAAUUCGAGGACCGCCGGAAUAUUGGGAAACUUCGCAGUGAACAUCAUGUCGCUGCUGUACUUCCUGCAGGUGUUCAUCGAUGAUCGUCACACGGCUGCUGCUUUAUGGACCGUUUCGUUGAUUUCGCCUACCGGAUUCGCUCUAGCGAUGGAUAAAAUUUUAGUGCUGGAUAUUUCUGGUCAGGGUGUGACUCUGAACAAUCUGUGGACCGGACCAGGUAUUCCCAUAGGUGGUUCGAUUUUGAUGCUGGUGGUGGACGUCUUACUGUACGCAGCUCUAGCAUUCUACUUCGACAACGUCAUUCCGUCGGAUCAUGGGACGAAGCAGAAGCCGUGUUUCUGCUUGAGUCGCAACUAUUGGUGCAAGAAGAAGGUUCCCAAAGUGCCAUUACUGAAUGGGGAGUCGGCGAAUUCCUUUAACCAACUGGACGAACAGACUAGGGAUGUGGAACCCGUUAGCAGGGAGAUGAGAGGAAAGGAAGCGAUCCGCAUAGUGGACCUGUACAAGUCGUUUCACUCGUGUCGGAAGCCGGUGGUCAAUGCGGUCAAUGGGAUCAACUUGACCAUUUACGAGGGGCAGAUUACGGCCAUUUUGGGUCACAAUGGAGCUGGAAAGAGUACGCUGUUCAACAUUUUGACGGGGUUGACAUCACCGACUUCAGGAACGGCUUACAUUUUCGGCUAUGACAUCCGGGAUCCGAAUGACAUGACCAUGAUUAGGAGGAUGACAGGAGUUUGUCCACAGCAUGAUAUCCUAUUCGAGACGUUGACACCAAAAGAGCAUCUGUUCUUCUUUGCAGCAGUUCGAGGAAUCGCUCCGAGUAUGAUCGAUUCGGAAGUCAAGAAAACACUGCGCGACAUUGAUCUAUUCGACGCAUCGGAGACUAGAGUGAAAUAUUUGAGCGGUGGGCAGAAAAGAAAACUGUCCGUUGGGAUCGCUAUAAUUGGGGAUCCGAAGAUAAUCAUCUUGGAUGAACCCACAGCGGGAGUUGAUCCGUACUCGAGGCGACACAUGUGGUCAAUUCUCCAGAAUCGUAAACAUGGUAAAGUAAUUUUACUGACAACGCACUUCAUGGAUGAGGCGGAUAUUCUAGCGGAACGAAAAGCGGUGAUAUCAAAGGGUCGUUUGAGGUGUUGUGGUUCAUCACUGUUUCUUAAGAACAAAUUCGGCAUUGGGUAUCAUCUGACUCUGGUGCUAGAUACGCUGUCAUGUGAAGCUUCCAUCAGCAAACUGGUAAACGAACACGUGCCGAAAGCAGAGAAGGCACGAAGGCACGGGAGAGAGUUGAGCUACAUUUUGCCACACGAUGCGGUGGAGUCAUUCGUGUCGCUCUUCGACGUCAUCGAGUCGGAGAUUCGAACGAAGCACAUGAAGCUGGGCAUCUGCUCGUACGGUGUGUCGAUGACAACACUGGAAGAAGUGUUUCUGCACCUUGAGACGCAACGCGAAGGUGAACAGAAGCCGGGAACUGAGGAGGAAGAAGAGCCGGAUGCUGGCUUUUCUGGCGAUAGUCUAAGUAGAAAAGUUAUGAAAAACAGAGCUCUUCCCCGAAGUUUAUCGCUCCAAGAGCGAAGUAAUAGCUAUCAAUCGUUAAAAAACGAUACCAAGAACCUUUUGGAAGAGCAGAAUGUAGAGAACAAAGCAUCUCUACCGGAUAAUGGGCUGGAUUUCGAGACUAUCAUCCCUAUCAAUGGGAUGCCGAACGAAGUUGAGGUGAUCCAGAGCGAGAAAACUUCGGCGCUCUCUACACCAACCAUGAAGCAACAGCGCAAACGUCAACACAACAGAACUCGCAACGGGGUUAGUAAGAGCAAUAAAAGUAUCUACGAGGAUCCCACGCAUACUUCCUCGUCGGUUGUGAAACUAAACAGUCAGAACAAGACCAACUGGAUGGAUCUUGAAGACAUUGAGCUGAAGCCGUCUCGUUUCAACACUAUCAUAGCAUUACUGAAGCUUAGGAUUACAAUACUUUAUAGGGACAUACAGCGGCUGUACCUGUUGAUCAUUCUGCCGUUAGCGUUCACAGCGCUCGGUCUAUACCUAAACUCCAUUCAGGUGGUCUCGCCGGUUAUGCGAUCCAUACUCCUGGACAACGCAACCUACGGCAGCAAUAUUACUAAGAUAGCAGUGCAUGAUAAUACAUAUAGACUGUACUCACAACACAACCUAUAUCAUCAUCAUCUUACGCAGCAGCAGCAGCAACAAUUCUCAUCUCCAUCGCCGGUACUUCUGCACCAGAAGCAUCAUCAGCAUCAACAGUCCAAAGAAUCAUCAUAUCUAUAUCAUCAUUUCCUCGACGAACUGAAGCAAUCAGCCAACAUCACUAGGAACUUUACCGGUAAUUUCUCACUACUCCUGGACAUCGCACCCCACAUGGCCGCGUUCAACAUCAACUCGAUAUCAUGGACAAAUGUGUCAAUAACAACUCUGUACAACGAUACUACACAACACAGUCUACCAAUAGUUUUAAACCUGAUCAGUAACACGCUCCUAAGGGUAUUCGCCAAGCUCGGUCCACCUCCAUCGACCAAUUCUGGCGGCCCAAGACAUCUGCGAAUGAAGCAACCACCAAUGGGAUCGGAUUACCCCGAGGACCUCUCCCAGAUGCAAGCCGACGAGCCGAGCUCGUUCGAUUCGACCUCCUCGAUGGCACCGGCCCCAGGUGAAUCACCACCCCUAUCGAUAGGAACGGAUUCGAUCCUCAACAUCGAACUCCGUUCGCAUCCCUUCCGACAGACAUCGCAACCUCAGGAGUUCAACAUCGGCACCUUCUCCUCGGCCUUGUUCGUCGGGAUGAUCUUCGUAUUGAUUCCCGUUUCACUAGCCGUCGAUAUGGUGUACGACCGUGAAAUGAAAGCCAAGAAUCAGUUGAGGGUCAAUGGGCUUUCUUCGUCUUUGUACCUCUCCGCCUACUUCAUCGUUCUGUCUGGAUUGAUGAUCUUGAUCUGUGCCGCUCUGCUUGGAUUGGUGUUCCUAUUUGACAUUCCUUCGUUUAGACAAACACCUGCCUUGGUCACCCUCGGGUUGCUAGUGUUCCUGUACUCACCGGCCGGGAUUCUCUGCUCGACCUGCUUCUCCUACUUCUUCGAUCGGACCGAUUCGGCUCAGUCGAUUCUACCGAACAUUCUGACCUUCGUCGGACUGAUUCCGUUCAUCUUGGUAGUCUUUUUGGAUAUGCUAGGAAUUGAAGUGAGAGCGGCAACGGCGUUGCACUACGUGUUCUCCCUGCUCAACCCGAUGUACAUUCCGUACGCUGCGGUAUACUUCGUGGAUCGAGUCUACAUCGCCUGUCAGCUUAGUUCGGCCUGUGCCGAACUGUCGAUGGCUCACUACAUGACCGAAGAUAUGAUCGUAAUGGCUUGCGGAUGUCUACUUCACAUCCCGAUUUGGGCCUUCGGACUGCGGAUAUCGGACAUCAUGAAGAGUGGUGGUCGAAUGCGAGAUUUAUUCCACCGGACAGCGGUUUUUCAGAGUGAAGAAGACGUGAUGACUGAGGAGCAGUGCUUCGGCGAGUACGAAGACGAAGACGUGCGGACAGAGCGGUCCAAGGUGUUCCGUUUGAGUCUCUCUAAUCCGCAGGAUCAGAACACUCAAAUACCGCAACCGGUUGUGUUAGUCAAGAAUCUUCGGAAGGAGUUCUCGCAGGAAUCGCUUUGCGGCACCUCUCCCUGCUGUUGCUGCGGAGAUGAUGAACCACCGAAAAAGAAGAUCUCGGUGCGUAGUCUGUCGUUUGGAGUUGAUGCCGGAGAAGUUCUUGGACUGCUAGGUCACAAUGGUGCCGGUAAGACCACUACCAUGAAGAUCAUGACCGGGGAAACGGCGCCUACGAGAGGUGCAGUUCGUGUAGCUGGCCACAGUAUCACCAUCAACCAGGACGAUGCCUUCAAAACGUUGGGCUACUGCCCGCAGCACGACGCCCUGUGGAAGAACAUCACCGUGAGGGAGCAUCUGGAGCUGUACGCGCGUAUUCGAGGCGUAACUCGCAAGGACUUGAACCGACUGGUCAGUACCUAUCUGACCGGGUUGCACAUUAAUGAGCACGCUAACAAGCAGACGCAGCAUUGCUCGGGUGGAACGCGGAGAAAGCUGAGCUAUGCUAUGGCGAUGGUAGGAUCGCCAAAGGUGGUCCUGCUGGACGAACCCUCCACCGGUAUGGAUCCUAAAUCGAAGCGCUUCCUGUGGGACACCAUUCUGGCUAGCUUCCAUGGCAAGCGCUGUGCCAUGCUGACGACGCAUUCGAUGGAAGAGGCGGACGCUCUGUGUUCCAGAGUCGGCAUAAUGGUGAAGGGUGAGCUGAGGUGCCUCGGUUCGACGCAGCACCUCAAAAACCUGUACGGGGCCGGCUACACCCUCGAGAUCAAGCUGAAGCACGUCGAGAGUAUGUACAGCGAAACACCCAUCGAAAGCCAACCGAGCAGCAGCCAGGAGCAGCUGCAGCUGCAGGACCAAUCGGCCGCGGCCACGCCGGUCAUCAACAACUGCAUCGACAACCGGUCGAUGGCGUUGCGUAACUUCGUCACAGAUCUGUUCCCUAGUGCCACCCUGGAGGAGAGCUUCGCCGAUCGGCUGGUGUACUCGGUGCCGCAGCAGGCGGUCAGCUCGCUGGCCGAGUGUUUCUCCCGCCUCGAGAAAGCCAAAACCGAACUGGACAUCGAGGAGUACUCGUUCAGCCAAACGACCCUGGAGCAGGUGUUCCUUAAGUUUGCCCACUACGACGAGGAAACGUCCAGUGUGCAGUAAAUAUAUGAUGUAGUAGCGAUACCGAAAAGUGCGCGUAUCUGUGGAGGAAAUCCCCGUCUGCGGAAGUGAGCGAUCUGAGAACAGUGCGAGUGAGUGAAUGUGAACAAUCGUGAAAGGAUGAAAACCAAAUGCCAUUGCUUCGUUUCUGUAUAAAAAAAAUCUGGUAAGCUAAAACUAUAAUAAUGAAAGAAAAAAAAUGACUAGAAUAAGGUAACGAAUAAAAAAAGUAAAUUAAUUCACAUUUUCGAUCUUCAACAAGAAGAAGAGAAAAAAGCUGAAAAGACAUCUUAUAAAGACAAAAAUCCAAAAGCGCAUGUAUAAAAGACAAAUACGCAGCCCCAUUGAGAGUGAGGGCAAAAAACACAACAAAAAAAGAAUCCCGAAAUCCAACCAAAACCCAGCUUAAUUGAAACUAAUCUUAAACAAAAAAAAACUCA